GAAAAAGAACCAACAGCCGAUGUCAACAGGACCCACAAGCCUCUUCGUCUCCCUCUCCGCCGCGGCCGCCAUGGGGAAGGACAUUUCUCACAAACACGACCGGAAGGUGGUGCGGCGGGAACCCAAGUCGCAGGAUGUUUACCUUCGCCUGCUGGUCAAGCUGUACAGGUUCCUGGCGCGCCGUACAUACUCUCGCUUCAACCAGGUUAUCUUGAAGAGGCUGUUUAUGUCCCGCAUCCACCGGCCACCCAUCUCACUCUCUGGGCUGGUGCGCCUGGCCAGCAAGCCCGGCCGCCAGGGACGCAUCAUCUGUGUGGUGGGCACCGUCACCGAUGACCUGCGCAUCUACGACAUCCCCAAGCUGACGGUGUGUGCCCUGCGCGUGACCUCCCGUGCCCGCGCUCGCAUUGAGAAGGCCGGCGGCGAGAUCAUCACCUUCGACGUGCUUGCCCGCCGCGCCCCCACUGGCAAGAACACACUGCUUAUCCAGGGCCGCAGGAAGGCUCGUGAGGCCUGCAAGAGGUUCGGCCCCGCCCCCGGCCUGCCCCACAGCCACACUAAGCCCCUCGUCAGGUCUAAGGGACGCAAGUUUGAGAGGGCUCGCGGCAGGAGGUCCAGCUGUGGUUAUAAGAAGUAGAGGAGGUGCGUGCCUGAUGGUUUUGUGGCCCUCCUUCUCAUGCUGUUUGGAUAAUAAAAAACGGAUGCUGGGAUGA